UUCUCUUUGUGGGUGCACAGUAGCCGCUCUCUGACGUCAUAUCACCGCGACACAGACGUUUGCAGUGCAUCAGCGGCCUGUGAUUUCACUCGAUCGCUGUAAUUUUUUCUCGUCGGUGGAGGAUUUUUCUCUGCUGUUCAUCAUGAAACUAGUCAGGUUUUUGAUGAAGCUCAGUCAUGAGACUGUUACCAUUGAACUGAAGAAUGGCACCCAGGUCCACGGCACCAUCACAGGUGUUGAUGUAAGCAUGAACACUCACUUAAAGGCAGUGAAAAUGACGCUGAAGAACAGGGAGCCUACUCAGCUGGAGUCUCUGAGUAUCCGCGGCAACAACAUCCGCUACUUCAUCCUGCCAGACAGUCUUCCACUGGACACUUUGCUGGUCGACAUUGAACCAAAGAUCAAGUCCAAGAAGAGAGAAGCAGUUGCUGGUCGGGGCCGAGGCAGAGGACGGGGGCGUGGCAGAGGAAGAGGACGAGGGCGAGGUGGACCACGGAGAUGAUUUCAGAGCGGCGUUUCACCGUGAACCCCAACUGUUUGUACAGCUUUUAAUUGUACUGUGCGGAGGACGCAAAGUGAAUUUAAGUGUGCGUUUAGGGUUGUUUUUCUUUUUAUAUCUUGGGUAACCAUGACAGUGUUUUGGACACUGUUAACAAUUUAUACGAUCUUGAAUAAAAUAUCUGAGCAGAAACAUCUGAUUAAACUGGGUAAAAAUG